AUGGUAGCACCUCCUGCAUCAGUAAUAGCGGACGCCAUACUUCCCGCGUGCACGCUACAACCGGCACCACCACCAACACCGGCACCUAACGUGCCUUCCCAAGUCCACCAACUCCACGUUCACAGCGCGCGCGCCCGAAACGCGUCAACAAGUGUUGACGCGAUGCAAACACACGCGGACGACACGCGAAGACGAAAGGACAAGAGAAUCGAGGAAGGGAGAAGGGAUGGUAUAGAGAUGAAGGAGGAAAGAGGAACUCGAGGAGACGAGACUUUGGGCACGCUGAAAGUGAGUACUCACAUUGAAGACUCUACCCCCAGCAACAACAACGACGUCAUACGCGUCACGUCACCAGCGCCUAUCUUUGUGCGCCCAGCACUCGCACCACCACCAGCUUUCACGCCAACGCCACCAUCCACAACACCAACGCCACCAUCCACGAUGCCGACGCCAAUGCCACCAUCCACGACACCAACCGCCUCCACUCCUCCUUCUUGUGCCAUCCACAUAUGUUCGAGUCACGUCAGCAUUCGCUGA